AUGGCACUCGCAUUGGACAAAGAUCUAGAGGAGACAAUGCUAUGGAACAUCCGCGGCCUCACGUCGCACGUCUUCCACGACCGCAUCUGCAAGACAUGGCCUGAGGCAUGGCCCGCGACCCUCGCGAAGGCCCUCCUCGCCGCGCACUUCGACGAGGACGCGGGCUACUGGCGCAUCUGGCCGUCCGAUCCCCACAUGCCCCUUGCUCACAAGACAAUGGCCUUCCUCAACGGCUUCGCAGCAAUCAUCCGCGAUCACUGGUCCGCGCAGGGCAUCGACACCACCAACCUCCCCACCCGCCAGUGGUUCGCCGAUACCUCCUUCGAGGGCCGCCUCAGCGAGGCCCCCGCGCCCGACCUCAUCCUCCAGGACGCCAUGGGCCCAUACAAGUGGGAAGACGCCCUCGCGAUCGGCUGCACCACCGAGAACGCCGACCUCCCCGGCGCCUGGCACCCAGUGCAGACCCUCGCCGAGAACGCGGGGCCCCUCAUGAGCCGGCAGCGCAGCCGCCUGUACGGGCUCGGGAUCGCGGUGUACCGCCGCGAAGAUAGCCAGGGCGCGGUGCUGCGCCUGGUGGGGUGGGACCGCAUGGGCCUCGUUGUCGCGAAGAAGUUCCCCAUCCACGAUCCGGCAUGCGCUGAGGCCCUCGUCCGCGUCGUCGCCGGGACGAUGUUUGCGCCUCGGCCGCGCCUCGGGUGGGACGCCUCUGUGAAGCUGCGCUACGGGCAGGAGUUCAUCCGUGUCAAAGAUAUCGAUUUUGCAGCGGCUGCGCGCGUCGAUGAGGAGGCGGGUGUGACGGGCAAGGGCGCGUCCAUCUACGUCGACAGCGAGGAGCACGAGGACGGCGUUGAGCUCGAGGUGUUCGAGUGGACAUCGCCCCCUCCACGCGCGCAGCUGAAUCAGAGGGCGACAUUGUGCUGCUCGGUGCGCGGCCCGGAUGGGCGCAUGUAUGCCUUGCGCCGGACUUGGGACGACCCGCGCGCCCCGCACGGCCAUAAGAAUGAGCGCAGAAUGGUCGGGACGCUAGGGCACAUCGAGGGCGUAGUAGAUAUCGUUACAAGUGGCGUGGUAGAGAGCAACGGCAAGCCACAGAGCACCGACAAGCUGCGCGGUUGCAUGAAGGCGAAGGACCAAGACUAUAAGAAGUUCAUGGGCAUGAGCAUGCGUCGGCACCAGCAAGUGUUGAUGUAUCCGUUCUGCGAAGAUUUGUCAGAAUUCGAGAGCCCGCUCGAGGUGGUGCAUAUAUUCAGCGACGUUCUAAAAGCCAUGGGCAGGAUGCUCAAGCAGAGGGCCAUGCACUGCGAUAUCUCAGACAAUAAUGUCAGGCUCUGGCGUCCGACGACAGGCCGCGUCCGCGGGAUGCUGAUCGAUCUGGAGAAGGGGUGUUUCCUAGAUGAUCACGGCCAAAACACGAAGGAAAUCAUGACAGGCACCCUCACCUUCAUGUCCAUCGGCGUCCUCGAACAUGCGCCCCGAAAAGCCAAGGACGACCUCGAGUCGCUCGUCUAUCUCUUCAUCCUCAUCUGUACUCAGUACGCAGGCCCGCGCGGCGCCUUCCGCAGGGACAAGGGGUGGUCACAGUGUGACAUCGCGGUUUGGGAUGUGCUGGACGACGUCCACCUCGCCCACAAGAUCGCCUUGCGCAGGAAUGAGCAUGGGGAGAUAGACCGCGUUUUGGACGACUUCACGGACCCGUGGCGCGCAAGAUGUUACUGA